GAGCCAAUGAACGAUACAAUGCUUUGAAUGCAAUUCUAGUCCCAUUUAUUCAACUAUUUGUGAUAUUAAUUAAAAAGUUGCUAUAAAUUUAAUUAAGUUUGCAAAUCAAAGCAAUAAUAAAACUGUAAAUUAAUAAUUGCGUUAAUAAUUAACAAUUUAAACAAUGACUGAAUCAAAGGGGAAGUCAUAUUUUGGUGGACUCUUUCCCACGCCUUUCACAGCGUUUAUAUUCAUAGCAUAUAUGAUUGCAUUCAUAAAUCAGGGAAUUCUGGUGACGGCCACAAAGACAAGUGAUAAUAAAUACAAUUACAGCACAAUUACAGUGGUUUUACUGACAGAGUGUAUCAAACUAAUGAUAUCCAUAGGAAUGUAUAUGAAAGACAAACCAUUGCGGGAACUGAUGCCAGAAAUGGUAAAGAAUCACAAAGUAUUGGUGUUGUAUUUGGUGCCGGCAUUCCUCUACUGUCUGUACAACAACCUGUCGUUCAUAAACCUGUCGUCCUAUGAUCCGACCACUUAUUAUCUGUUACUACAGUUGCGAGUAGUGGUCACUGGAGUUAUAUAUCAGUUCCUAUUCAACCGAAUCCUAUCGAAAGCCCAAUGGUUUUCAUUGAUAUUGUUAACCAUGGGAUGUGUUGUCAAACAAUUGGGCGGUUUUUCGCACAACUCCUCCGAUAAAUCAUUCGUUAGUCUUAACUUAAUAUUGAUUUUACUUCAAGUGUUUUGUUCGUGUUUCGCCGGCGUUUACAACGAGUAUCUCUUGAAAGACGUCGGCUCUAAAGUGCAUCUAAUGGUCCAAAACGUGUUUAUGUAUAUCGACUCAAUUGCCUGUAAUUUGGUAUUACUCUUAAUAACCGGUGAAAUCAGUCGCCUCUCGGAA